AUGGCGGAAAAAAGAGGAAGCUUGGGAGAUGACACGGUUGAUGCUGCCGGCAACAAAAACCGUAUUGAGCGGGAUGCCGUGACCAUCUUUACCAAAUAUAUAUCUCCCGAUGCUGCUAAGCCGAUACCGGUUACCGAGCUGAUGAGAAACGAUAUUGUGGCCAAGAUCUGCGGGGAAGAUGGACAGGUGGACCCCAACUGCUUCGUCAUGGCACAGUCCGUGGUCUUUAACGCCAUGGAACAAGAGCACUUUAGCGAAUUCCUGCGAAGCCAUCACUUUUGCAAAUACCAGAUUGAGGUGCUGACGAGCGGGACCGUCUACCUGGCCGAUAUCCUCUUCUGCGAAUCGGCCCUUUUUUAUUUUUCCGAGUUCAUGGAGAAAGAAGAUGCUGUGAACAUCCUGCAGUUCUGGCUGGCGGCGGACAAUUUCCAGUCCCAGCUGGCAUCCAAGGAGGGCCAGUAUGACGGGCAGGAGGCCCAGAACGAUGCCAUGAUUCUGUACGAUAAGUACUUCUCUCUCCAAUCCACUCAUCCUCUCGGGUUCGAUGACUCCGUACGGUUGGAAAUUGAGUCCAACAUCUGCAGGGAAGGCGGACCACUCCCCAACUGCUUCACCACUCCGCUGAGACAGGCCUGGACCACCAUGGAGAAGGUUUUCUUACCCAGUUUCCUGUCCAGCAACCUUUAUUACAAAUACUUGAACGACCUCAUCCAUUCGGUCCGGGGAGAUGAGUUUGCCAGCGGAGGUGGCGGUCUCACCCUGAACGUCCACGGUCUCGGCAACGCUUCCGAUCACUAUUCCCACACGGGUGCUGCGGACAGCGGGGCUGCUUCCCAGCCCAGCCUCAAAAAGGCCAGCAUAAAAAUCCUGAAAAACUUUGAUGAAGCAAUAAUUGUCGAUGCUGCCAGCCUGGACCCCGAGUCUCUGUAUCAGCGGACCUACGCUGGGAAGAUGACGUUUGGCCGUGUGAGCAACCUGGGCCAGUUCAUUCGAGAAUCGGAGCCAGAACCGGACAUCAAGAAGUCCAAAGGGUCCAUGUUUUCACAAGCAAUGAAGAAAUGGGUGCAAGGAAAUACAGAUGAGGCCCAGGAGGAGAUGGCGUGGAGGAUAGCCAAAAUGAUCGUCAAUGACGUCAUGCAACAGGCACAACCCCCGGAGGCAGCUGUCGAAAAGGUGACUAAGCUAUGAUCUUUGGGAGCUUCUGCCUAUGAAGCGAAGCGGAGCUGUUUUCUCUCCCCUUCCUCGCGGCCGCCUCAUCAGCACCCCGAACCCCUAUGCAGCGGGUACAAUUUUUCCCCCCUCCCCUUAAUGGACCGGAAAAAAAGGCUCACCUUUCUCUCUCGUCGAGUCCCCGUCGAAGGAAGAUUUCCCAGCUCCUCCUACCAAGGAUUCUCCCUCUGGACUACAGUUAGGCACAGACAUUUGCCCCGUAGUUUUCUGAGCUGCAGUUU